GGGAGGGGAAAAGAUGCACUGCAGCCUGGGCCCCUCUGAGCCCGUGCCCCGCACAGCUCCCACCGCGGCGCGCCCCAUGUAGCUCCUUCCCGGCGCGGGCUGGGGGAGAGGGCGAGCCGCUCUGCCGCUGCUUGCUCGCCCGGCGGAGGGCUGCGCUGCGGGUAAGAUGAGCGAGCGGAGAAGGUCGGCAGUGGCCCUCAGCUCCCGAGCGCACGCCUUCUCGGUGGAAGCCUUGAUUGGGACGAAUAAAAAGAGGAAGCUGCGGGACUGGGAGGACAAGGGCCUGGACCUGUCCAUGGAAAGCCUCAGCCCCGGCGGCCAGCUGGGUGAGAAUGAAGACCCGACGCCGUGCCUGGAUCUCCAUCCUGAUUCAGAGCAGAGUACUGGUUCAGACACAGAAGUGCUGGCGGAGAGAACAUCCUGCUCAUUUGGCUCCCAUUCUGACCUCACCUCUGGUGGCUCAGGUCCCCAGCCACCUCCUCCUUCCUCCAUGGAGGAGAUCCAAGUAGAGCUGCAAUGUGCUGACCUUUGGAAGAGGUUUCAUGACAUUGGGACUGAGAUGAUCAUCACUAAAGCAGGCAGGAGAAUGUUUCCAGCCAUGAGAGUGAAAAUUACAGGCCUGGACCCCCAUCAGCAAUAUUACAUAGCCAUGGACAUUGUGCCUGUGGAUAACAAAAGAUACAGGUAUGUGUACCAUAGCUCCAAAUGGAUGGUGGCUGGCAAUGCUGACUCCCCAGUACCCCCACGGGUAUACAUCCAUCCUGACUCACUGGCUUCGGGAGAUACCUGGAUGAGGCAAGUGGUCAGUUUUGAUAAACUCAAACUGACCAACAACGAGCUUGAUGAUCAAGGCCAUAUAAUACUACAUUCAAUGCACAAGUACCAGCCCCGAGUUCAUGUGAUCCGUAAGGAUUUCAGCAGUGAUCUGUCUCCUACAAAACCAGUGCCUGCAGGUGAUGGGGUGAAAACUUUCAACUUCCCUGAGACUGUCUUCACAACAGUGACAGCAUACCAAAAUCAACAGAUUACCAGAUUAAAAAUUGACCGAAAUCCUUUUGCUAAAGGAUUCAGAGAUUCUGGGAGAAACAGAACUGGCCUGGAGGCCAUUAUGGAAACAUAUGCAUUCUGGAGGCCCCCUGUGCGCACCCUCACCUUUGAAGAUUUCACUACCAUGCAGAAACAGCAAGGGGGCAGCACAGGUACCUCUCCAACAACCUCCAGCACCGGGACUCCAUCACCCUCAGCUUCUUCUCAUCUUCUCUCUCCAUCCUGCUCUCCUCCAACCUUUCAUCUGGCCCCCAAUACUUUUAACGUGGGCUGCCGGGAGAGCCAGCUGUGUAACCUUAACCUGUCUGAUUAUCCCCCAUGUGCCAGAAGCAAUAUGGCUGCCUUACAGAGUUACCCUGGGCUGAGUGACAGCGGGUACAAUCGGCUGCAAAGUGGCACUGCUUCUGCCACUCAGCCCUCAGAAACUUUCAUGCCUCAGAGGACUCCAUCCUUGAUCUCAGGAAUGCCAACUCCAUCCUCACUGCCUAGCAAUGGCAAGAUGGAAGCCUAUGGUGGCCAACUGGGGUCCUUCCCAACCUCUCAGUUUCAGUAUGUCAUGCAAGCAGGCAACCCUGCCUCCACCUCUUCUUCUUCACAUAUGUUUGGUGGUGGCCACAUGCAACAGGGCUCCUACAAUGCCUUCUCCCUUCACAACCCUUACAAUCUGUAUGGAUACAAUUUCCCUGCCUCCCCUCGGCUGGCAGCAAGCCCAGAGAAACUGACCACCCCCCAAAGCACUUUACUCUGUUCCUCCCCUUCCAAUGGGGCUUUUGGAGAGAGGCAAUAUCUUUCAACAGGGAUGGAUCAUGGGAUGCACAUGAUCAGCUCCCCACCCAGCAACCAGCAAACAGCCAAUGCCUGUGAUAACAGGCAGUAUGGGGCUGUUCAGGGUUCCUCCUCACAGAUGUCUGUGCACAUGGUUUAACCAGCAAGCUGUCUCCUUGGAAUCACAGACGACAAGACUUUGUUGUCUCCCCAGUUGACCCCGCCCCAAUACUAUUUUGCCUUUAAACUUAUAGUGGAACUAGUUUGUUAAUGAUAUAUGAAGAUACAGGUCAUCCAAAUACAAACCAAAGAACCCCAUGGAAAGCCCCAACCUGACAGCCACUGCCACUCAUUGUAAUCCAAGGCCUUAGCAUCUGGAAUGGAGCAUCUAUUCCUAAUGAACAUGAUACAGAAAAGGGCAUUGUUUAAGAGAAGCCAGAGUGAAGCAUAAAAAAAAACUAAUACAUGGUACAUGCAUUUACUGUCAAUGAGCAUGAACUCUGGUUGUUGAAGGAAUCUUGUAUGUGUGUUCUGUCCUUCUAUGUCCAAGGAAGGAUGCCACUAAAGAAUUCAUGACACAAAGCUGCGCUGCCCAUGCAAGGCCAUCUUUUUCAAGGCCUCCUCCCCCCUUGACUAUCUUUUGCUGCCUGAGUGGUUUAACAAUAACAACCUCAAAAGUUAAUACAAGUCCUGCGGCUCCCUCUCCCCACUGUAGUAAAAGAACUUCAUGGCUGAACUGGAACUUCUCUUCCUUAAGAGAUUUUUACUUUUUGACUCUGGCUGUGCCUGACAGGCAAUGUCUUUGCAUAGGUCAAGCUCUCAAAGUGCCAAGCCUGCAUAAAGAGAGAGAGAGAGAGAGAGAAAGAAAAAGAGAGUGAAGCUGUACCACACAAUGGAACCUCUCUGCCCUAUGUAGGGAUCCAUGUUCAGAAUGCUGCAUAAGGGAAGAGGGGUCUCAGUGCUGUGCCUUCUGUUGAUGUUACUCAGAGCAAUAAAGAAACUAUAGACUGUGCUUGGAAUAUAUCUGUCUGCAGAACAUUCAGCUCAACAGGAGGAGAAUCUCCAGACUGAGCAUAUGGUGAACGGUAGAAAGAAGAGGGGAUCUGUUCUCCUGCAGACCCCAGAUGUACAAUAUGGCUGACCUCAGCCACCUUGCAUGUACAAGUUGCCAUAGAAAACCAUGCAGGUAUUUUCUGUCCUCCAGCCUGCUAUUUGAUCUCUGUUUUACCAAAUAGAUCAUUGACUUGUUAAUUUUUUUUUUCUUUUCUGUUUUUUUUCUUCUUUAAAAAAAAAGAAAACAAUUGUAGCUUGGUGCAAUCUAAGCAUUUAAGUUGUGUGAAAAUGCAAAUACCAAGUAACAGAAUACAGAUAUUAUUAAGAUUUGUUUUGAGGUGUUGUAGAUAAAUGUAUUUAUGUGCCUAGUGGGGGAUUCAAUACUAUGAGUAUAAAAGAGGGCAAUAAAAAUGGUAUGUAAAAUAUGUAUGAAGAGAAAGGUGUAUAAAGAUUUGCCCUAUGCACGGAACUUUGUUUCUAAGUGCCAAGCACAAAAGCGCUAAAUAAAUCUUUGCAAUUGUU